CUCCAUUAUUUUUUUUUGCUCGGAAUCUGUAAGAAAAAGAAAACACAGUGGGCAACUGUGAAUUUGGGAUUACAUGGGUCGUUAUGGUUGUCGGAAUACAUUUGAAUAUAAAACGGGUUUAACAGAGCAGAGGCCAAAGCAGCGGCUGGAUAAGUGCGCAGGCAGCGGGGCGUCCUGCAGCCUGGCCGGGACGCUCAGUUAGCUCUGAUAGCCUAGCUGGUUGCUCCGACAGCCAGGGCGCAGUAAAAUGAAGCGGUACUGCCCUUUGUUUUUAACUCGGUCUGGCAGACGGUGUACAAACGCUGAGCGCCGGGCGCGCUAAUACGCGGUUUGAACGAGAGAGAGAUUUAUUUCGUGGUUAUUUAUUAACGUAUGAACCGUUUUCAAAACAUUAUUUGGCUGGUUCGUCAGCCAGCCAGCUAGCUAGCUCGCUAGCUCACUCUUGAUUAUCCCGCGAGCAGAGAAAAGCGAAGAGUCCAAAAACUUCGCCAACACGGAGAAAGAGAGAGAGGGAGCCUGACGCAGAGAAAGGUUUAUAUGUCCUGCUGCUGACACUCAAGUUAGCUCACGGCUGUCAAUAAGCUCUCCAUCUUCAUCCAAGUCCCUUACUCUGAUGUGAACGAAGCACAUACAUCUGCAGGAGUGAUCCUCUGAGUCGAGGAUCUGCCUCGUAGCUGAGGCGGUUCAGGUGUUUUUGGGCAUCAAGUCAGGUUUUACUGGCAGUCUGUGUGCUUCUAACCCACCAGCAUGUACAUUGGACAGUGGAUACCAUAGCCAAAACAGGUCCUGGCUUCCCAAAGAUGACAAGGUGCUGGCAGGCCGCAGUUACAAAAUGAUGGGAGGCAGUGAGACUGUCAGUGGGGACAAGGAUGGGGUCCACACAGCUGCAAUACACAUCCCCAUCGGCUGGCAAAGGAGAGUGGAGGGUGGGCAGGUGAUCUAUGUCAGCCCUAGUGGCACUGCCCUAUCCUCUCUGGAUGAGGUCAAGACGUAUCUGUUGACUGAUGGCACCUGCAAAUGCGGUCUGGAGUGUCCACUCGUCAUCCAAAAGGUUUUUAACUUCACUGUGGGAGUGAAGGUAGAACAGCACAGCCAGCCUUUAGGCAAAGCAGAGCAGGACAUGACCAAACUGUGUAACCAUCGCAGGAAAGUGGUAGCAAUGGCUGCUCUGUGUCGGAGUAUGCAGGCCUCACAGCUGCCCUUUGCUAACCUUCAUCAUCCAGAGGUGAGCAGUGGAGUGGACAGCCGCAAUCCAAAGAGGGCCGAUGUGGAGCGGGAAGAAGAGGACCGAGGAAUCUACCAUCCCAAACUCCAUCCAGUUCCAGCUCGACCUCACAACAACCUGCACCCGAACCCCUGUGCCAGCCCCAAAACCUCCCACCAGUUUAUUUACCCUUACAAUGGUUCCUCCCCGGUCCUUCACACAGGCACGAACUCUCACCAUCCCCUAGAUGCCUUGAGAAGGCUUCAUCAUCCUCCUCCUCUCCCUGUGUCCUCCACCUCUUCCUCCAGCUCCUCAUUCCCAGCUUAUAGUGCUGCCCAGAGGUCACCCCGCGCCCCCACGCCUCAGAAUGUCAGUCAAGGUCAAAGAACACCUAAAACCCCAGAGACUCCUGGUUCUCCUCGUUUAGGGCCCCUCUCUUCACCUCCUCCUUCUUCCCCUAUGAACCUGGGCGGAGGAGGAAGAGGAGCACAGACUCACGCUCAUCAUCCUCAUGGUGUCAUUGUGGGAGGCUCCCCCCUCUCCCCAUCUUCUUCUCUCUCUCCCUCUGUCCAUAACAUGAACUGUGUGUCUCCUCACCAGCGGUCCCGCCACCCUUCAGCCUCUCCCUCCCCUCUUUAUGAGCAGGGAGGAGGCUCAACAGCAGCAGAAGGAGGAGGACUGACGGGAAGUAACUUCCCUCAGAGGAGGAAAUCCAGCUCUUCCUCUCCACACUCCCCUCUCCCUUGUGGCUCCCCAAAUCCCAGUCCCCACUUCCCCAAAUACAAGUUGGAAGACAUCAUGGAGCAGUUUAAGAACUCAGGCAACAGCAGCACUAAUAACCACCACAUCCUACUCCCUACUAACCCCUCUUUACUGACCAACCAAAGCAGUAGCAACCCCCAUGCUCUCUCCAUGAAACCCUCAAAGAGUGGCAUGAGUCCGACUCCCAGCACAGGACAAGCAGGUUUUGGGUUGAACUCCACAGGGCCAUAUCUGAACCACCACCACAGCCAUCAGGGCAAGAUGCCACACCCAGCUUCUUUUCCUGCGAGUAGCCUGCUCUCUGCGGCUGCUAAGGCUCAACUGGCUAACCAGAUAACCCAGGGCCAGAGCUCAAAUGUGGCCAGCAACCAGAUGAACUUGCCCUCUUCUCUGGAGGUCUUGAAAGAGGCACAGCAGCAACAGUCAUCAAAGGUAACAAACAGCACUUUACAUAACAGCAACCCUCCCUCCUCCAUCGCUUCUACUAGGCCACCCCAUCUCUCCCUUGCAGCAGCCUCCUCCGUCCUCUUUCCUCCAUCCCACUCUCUGGCUCAAUCCCUGGCUUCCUCCUUGCCCCACAUGCCUCCCACAGCAGAGCGCAGUGCGUCACACAGGAAGAGGCAACGGCGAUCUCCCACAGUGCUCAGCAUGCUAAGAGACACCCAGCAUCUGGCUAAUGGGCCGCGGAAGACCCCACCAGGAGACUCUGUUUCUGCCACUGUUAUCAACCUAUCCUCCUCUUCCUCCCAGCACUCCUCCUCCUCCUCUACCUCAGCUGCGCAGAACCAGAAUGCUGUCAUGUUAGAAAACCAUCAUCAUCUCCUCCCUGGGCAGACGCUCAGGCUCCCUGCUCCUCGUCAGACAGCACACCUUUCCAGGCCUCCUCGACAAAGCGAGGCUCUGGAUUUCACUACAAGCCUGACACCGACACCUCUUGGCUUGGAUCCUCCAACACAGCCUCUGUCUGCUUUGUUACACCUGCUCAGUGUGCAGAAUGCACAGGCGUCGGCAUCCAACUCUGCUUCAACUCAGCCAGAAUCUGUGCCUGUUGAAGAAGGUGGACACACUAAUAAACAGAGCCCCAGACUCUCACCCUCCUCUCCACUUUCUAAUGUGAGGCACCCACAGACUUUGUCACCGUGCCGAACCACUAACACUAAUCCUCUAUCCUUGGUGCCACAGCCGCUUUCUCCUCCUGCCUCUUCUCAGUUCAUAUCAGUGCAGUCUCAAUCACAGCCUCAGUCUACAAAAUCAAGUCCUCUACAGAGACAUUCUCCAGCUUCUACAGCCCACUCAAAUUUAGCUUUACACAACAGCAGCAGCUCUUAUCAGCGUAUGUCCCCAGCUCUAUCAGACAAGCAUCAACCAACUGAGAACCACAUUCCUAAAGUUGACUCUGUUUCUCAGGCACCUUCACGAGAAGCAUCACCACAGGGUAAUGUAGCAACAGAGAUUGGCAUUAACAGCAUGUCUACAUCUGAGGAUCUGAGUCAUCCUCAAGGCAGUGUUUCUAUGGCGAUAUCCACCUCCCCGAAGCCUCUUGAUCUUAGCAACCAUGUCCUGGCCAUACUCGCAGCAUCCUCCACUGUGCCCCAGGGAGAGGGCAGCUCCUCCAACCGUACCACGGAUGUUGUGUUGCCUUCCCAAGGAAAUCACACUGCAGGGCCAGAGGAGCCUGGAUGUAUGGACCAGAAGGUCUCCACAGUGACCAAAUCUCUAGCAGCCACCAGCCCUGGACCUGCCCUCUCCUCUAAUCUUGGGGAUAAUAACAGUCCUCAUACACCUACAUCUGUGGGUGACUCAACUGCUCCCUUACCUCUGGCAGAGGCUUUCCCCUUCAUGAACCAAGAGCAGCUGCUUCAGCUGCUGUCAUCCACAGGAGGUCUGCCAUCCCUCCUGGACCCUGCAGUCCUGGCUUCAUUGCACCUAGGGGGACUGUGGUUGGGUGGGCAACAUGCACAGAUACCUCCUGCCAAUGCUACACCACAAGCACCACAGAAUCUUACAGAGCAGCAGCAAUCAGAGGAGCAGCAGUUACUGAUACAACAACAAGAGACGCAUCAGCAAAACCAGGAUCAGCAACAGAAGCAACAACAAAUAAACCACAAUCCUCUCUUUCCUUUGUUGCCCUUGUUGAGUGGUGCCCAAGGGGAGUUGCCUCUGAACCUUUUGGGCCUGCUGAACCCACUUCCACCCCCAGCCUCAACCCCUACCCAAGGACAGGAAGCUGAUUUGGGGCUAACAGAAAAACCUAGCCUUCAGGCUCUGCUUAUGGCAUCCUUGUUGCUCGGACAACAGCAGGCACAUUUGUUACCCCUAUCUGGGCUGAGUCAGUUGAGCCAGGUCAGCUUGGAAGUUCCUCUCCAGCAGUCACAGCAGAUCCCCACCACAUUGGAGGGCCUCACCCUGGAUAAGACCUCUGGCCUCCUGGAUCCAUCAACACUACAUGGAUCAGGGUUGUUGGAGGUCUCCCAGGGCCUUCUGCCCCUUCCUCCAGGAGCUGAGGGCUCUCUCCAAGCUCUGCAGUCUCUGCUCCUUCCUGCCGCUCUUCCUCCUCAUCAUGCAGCCUUUCUGCCCCUAAGCCCCGCCCUACUCACUGCUGCCCUGAGUUCAGCUGAACUCAACCCACCUCCCCCCACCCAGUUAGCUCCCGCACAGCAAACCCAACAUACCCAACCUCAGGUACCUACUGAUGCUGGUGUUGAUACCCUCAUCCCUCUAUCUCUCCAAGGCAAGGACAACACCCUCCUCCAACAGCUACUGCCCACUUUGCUUAACCCUGCUGUAUUAGGAGAUCUUUCUGGCAUCACAGGCCUCCAUAACAUGGUCGGUCUUGGAGCAGGUUCCAUCCUCCUACCCCCAGUCCAGACCUCUGCUUUAGGCAUGCCUCUGCUGCAGGGUCCUGAUGGAGCCAUCAACUUGCUCAACAACAUACAGCUAAACCUUGCACCUCCCUCAGAAGGAGAGAAGCCAGUCCUGUUGCAGGAAACACAAAGCCCCGCCCCACAGGAAGACAUUCCAGCCAGUCCGAUUGCCCGUGAAGUAGUCCCCAGUCCUAUUCCAGCCCCUGCCCCUUCCCAAGAGCCCUCCCCACCCCCACAGCGAGGGUCUGAGGGCAGGUCUGUUAUUGAUCCUUACACCUCUUUCAUGGACACAAUUUAUACCUCCUUCCUUCAAGUCAAUGCUAAAGAGCAGGAGGACGGGGCCCACUUGGGGCCAUCUGACCCUACUUCACCCUUCUGUGCCUUACCGCCGGUUUCUUUCCCUGUGGAGCACCAUACCCCGUCCACCCCUGUCCCAACUCUGCCCCAGGCAAGUGCCCCAGUCUCCCUCAGUCCACGUCGGGCUUGUUCGCUCCGCAAUCCUGACUUAUCCCGACUCAGCUUGGAAGCAGCUGCCCAUUCGCCAGCCCAGGGGACGCCUAAGCCCACUGAAGACGGGGCUACGUCUCCCUUACAAAGGAAGCCGGUCAUGGUAGAGGGACAUACCCAUCCAGAGCCUCCUCUGCCACCCAUAUACCUGGAAGAGGCUAAGACAGACUGUACUGGGCCAGCUGCAGCUGUGUGCCCCUAUAUAGAUGCAGGGGUGGACAGGCAGGGACAUAUUCCACAGGCGGGGUACCUCAGUCCCAGGGAUGGUUGCAGUAGGGGGCCCAAUGAGGAGACAGCAGGAGCACUGCUGCACACCGAACAGGGAAGGGAUCAAGCAGGAACAGUGGGGGGAGCCAGAAGAGGAAGGAAAAGGAAACAAACGCUACAGAAUGUGUUAGAAGAUUUCAGAGACAUGGAUGCUACAGCACUAGAGGAAACCAAGGCUACGACAGCACUGCUGAAGCCUGAGAGGUCAGUCCGUGGCAGGAGGAGACGAGGCGCAAGGUCUCAGAGGCAGUGAUUGGUGGAGGGAGCUGUCAGUCAGAACUGUUCACCAAUCAAAGGCGGCCAGACGCCUCUCUUUCCCCCUCCAUUUCUCCAUCAUCACCACUGUUCAGACCUUUUCUUAAAAAUUCAACUGCACUAAUAUUAUGCCGUUGUCAUGUCAACCAUUGUUAUGACAACCACUAUGAAAAAAAACAUAGGAGAGGUCUAGUCUGAAAAAUUAAUUUAUAAAAAUUAAAAAAAUUUGAAGAGAAAUGUGGAUGCUUUUUCACUUAGGUCUUCUCAUAGGUGUAGUUCACAGAAUAAUGGUUGCUUGACGUGAUCAGAGAUCUCUUAAUUAUGGUUGAUGUUAGAAUUAUAUCAAUGAGAAAACACAAAAAAUAAUGAGUACUGUUUUCUUCUCAUCAGUGUGUUACUGUGAGUCAGGAUAAAGCCCAUCUACUUGAACGAUGCUCUCUGUUGAAAGUGUGUGUGUAUGUGUGUCUUUUAAUGUGUUUGAGUGUGCGUUGGACAACAGUGCUAUUGCUGAGCCCCUCACUGUCCGACCGUGGUUUAGUUGAACUUAUUAUAAUUUAAUGAACGACACCGUCUGUUAGUAAGGUAAAGCGCUCUUUGCAGAGACGCACAGCGGUUAUAUUUCAAAAAAAUGUUUUCAGAAGGUGCUGAAAGACAAUAUUAGACGGACCAGGCUUGAGUUUCGGUUUUUUCUUUCACGGUAUAAAAUAAUUUGGUUCAUCCCAGCAGAAAAAAACUGUAAUCAUGACUCCACAUGUUCUGCCAGAUGUCCUUAAUAUUUUGUUCAUCACUAAUAAUUUCAUGGACUGAGAAAACAUUUAUUUAAUGUUUGUACAGUUUUUAAUCAUUUCGGUAGUUGCCAUGGUAACCCAACAGAUGACAAAUUAAUUUGACAAUAUCCAGUUUGUGACAUUUGCAAAGUCCACCAUCUCAAUACGCAUCAUUUGUCACACUGAAGCUACCCGCUGACAUUUCACAUGCUGUGUUAUUUGUUGCUGUGAAGAACUGUGUGCACCUCCAGACUGAUGGAGAUCAAUUCAUAUCUGUUGACUUAACGCCCACCCCCACUUCACCCUCCAGUUAUGAAAUAAAUGUGUGGAGAAAAUGUUGAAUUUUGAAAUGAAACAUUUGCAGGAACCCUUAAGUUCAUAGGCAGUACAGUAUGUCCAUUGAUUGGUUGAACGAAUGGUGGGAAAACUUAAAACACAGAGAGCGAUGAUGUCUUAAAGUGGAUCUGUUGAGUCUGUGUGUUACUGUGGAUUUGGAGUAAUAUCCUCCCUCUGUCUCCUCAUAUCACUGUUUGAGCUCUCCUCCACACACUGCCCUGCCCCAAGAGUACUGGCAUCUCUAGCUGUAUUUAAACAAAAAUAAAAAAAAUAAAAAAGAAAGAAAAGUGAAAAAGAAAGCAGAUUAUGCAAUUUCUACACUUGGAAAUUUGUACAUAUGUACAGUUAAUGUGUUUUAUUUUGAUUUUAUAUUGUUAGAGAAAGAGACAAGAGAGAAAACAAUGAAUUGUGAAUUUUUCUGGGAAUUGUAAUUAAGUAUUUUUCUCAUUCUACCCCUUGCUUUCAAUACUUAUGUUUAAAAAGACGAUUAAAUUGUGGACUGUAGCUUUCUUUUUUAUAUGGGAGUCUUUUUUAUUUAAUAUUAAACUAUUUACAG